GGUCCGGGUGGCGGUCCAGAAACGCUUCUACAUCCGAGAAGUCAAAUGUUGUCAUGGGCUGCAGACAAUGGGCCAAUGGCCCCUGGCGCUGAGGAAUCCAAUCCCAGCUCACUGGGCCCAGGUGACGACCAGAGAGUUCAUGUCGCAGAAAGCGUCGUCGACAUUUCCACUCUGGCCAUUUUUAACAAGACGACUGCAGGAGGAGAAUAGAUAGUUUUUGUUAUUCUGCAGUUCUGCCCAGAUGGUGUCUAAGGCUUCCCUGAACCACGGCAUCCCGACUGAAUUUAAUAGUCAUCAUGACUUUGGAUGUGGAGAAACCAACAUACCUGAGCGCACAACUAGUCAACACCGUUUUAACAAUUCUGGCAGCAAGAACAGUAAAGUUCGUCUCAAUGACCAACUCAUACCAAAACCAACUGAUAUAAAUAUGGCAGAGAAAAUGACAAAGAUACCAACUCCAAAACAGCAUCCCUAUUCAUCCCACAUCUCCAAGUUUGCAAUGUUCCCAUCCUUCCACUCCCCAGAUGACCAUGAAACAGGAGUCGCACACAACAUCACCGUGCUAAGGAAAACUAAAGGUGGUCCAUACAGACACGAGGUCUUGGAGACGCCCAUGCAAACCAGGAAAAAAGCUGUUACGUGGACCGGAGAACACAGAUCCUUGGAUCCGUUGAACGGAGAAGAUCAGGUGUUACACCCCGCUCCUCCAAAGGCGGUGCUGCCCAACCCUAAACCUCGUGCCUGGGAUUUGUCGUUAUCCGAGCGGACAAGCAACAUGCUGAAGAAUUUGGAGCGAUCACGCUGGGUCACCUCCUACCAAAUGCACCACACAGGAUCCGGGCCAGCAAAUCCGCUCAUGAUGGAUGAUUUCAAGGAAAAAAUCUGUGACCUUACUGGGAUGAAUUCACUUGCUGUACCACUGAGAGAAAGGUCUUUUCCCGUAUUCAUUCCAUCCAAACCCAGAGGAGGAUGUAGAAGACGACAGCGGGAAAGCUGCAGUCCAACUGCCAUUGAACUUCCGAAUCAUUCUCAAGCUCCAAACCAAUGCUCUCCUCCUGCUGCUAUAAACCAACAGGGGCAACCAGACAUCUCAGCUAAGUUUAACGAGACACCACAUACAAAACAACAGUACCAUAGUCAAUCCGAGCACAUGUCUGGCUCCUCAGAAGAAGAGUCGUCCAAGGUGUUCUUACACAAGCAACCAAGCAGAAGCUCUCUUUAUGAGAGCAGGGAGAGAGAAAACGGCAAAUUACAGCUCUGUCCAAGUCCAGUGCAAGAGUCCUUGUCCCAGAUCAGCCAAAAGGGGAACAUCUCAGGUCCAGAGCCGCCUCUGGAGACGGAGCUCACCAGUGAGAAGAGCCUGACCAAGCUGUGUGGAGGAAAUCUUUCUACCACUAGACAGUCAUCUGUGGUCAAAGAGUUGACAAGUAUUGGAUCAAAUGCUAAGUUGUCAUCAAGGGCAGCUUCAGAGCAGGAGAGGGCAAAGGGCGGAGAACUGCCAGGCACAACGUCCAAUCCCAGCAUCCUGCCGAGGCCUCCUGUCCUUCCUGGCAUUCGCCCGCUGUACAGAGUCAGAUCGGAGGGUAGAGAAGCUCUCUGCCUCCUGGACCUUCAAAAUUCAUUCAGUAAGUCAAAGGCCCAUCACGAAUUUAACUGCUGUAUCACACGUGCUGCCGUGAACCUGAGGGACAAUGUGGUCACAGGGAAGAAACAUGACUUCUACGGGAUCAAUUGUUACCACCUGCAUGGAUGACACGGGACAUGACUGAUUUUCCAGAUUCAGCAGCAAAUAAUAGUUGUUAUGAUUUUAUUUUGAUAAGUAAGCUAAUGUGUAAAAUGAAACCAAUGUACUCAAUGUUUAAUUGAAAAAAUAUUGCGUAUGUUAAAAUGUUUUGUGAUUAAAUCUGGAGACAUCAAACAUUCUAUUUUAAGAGGAAAUCCAGUAGAACAUUUAUGUUUCUAUCAGUUUUUUUAAUCAGGUUAUGCAGGUAAUUCUUAAAAAAGAAUAAAACAACAGGUUGCCCAAAUUGGAUUUGUUCAACUCAGCCACCACAUUUCAAGCAAUCCAGCAAUCAAGCCUCUUAAUGUUUUCAUCAGACCUCUGAUAAUAAUGAGUUUCUAUCGUUUAAAUGUUUGGAUCCCAAUUUGAUUGAUUUGAGUGUAAAUUUCUAUUCAGAGGAGAAACCCUGAUGUUAAAGUGCUUCCUUCUGGUAGAUGGUUUUCAAAGUGAAAAAGUUUAAACAUUAACUAUACAGUCCAAAAGAUGUUCAGUUAGCUUUAAGGCUCAAACGAUACCGGCUAUCUUUUUUCAUUUUUUUUUCAUACACACUAAGGACUCGUUGGCAUAAUAAAGACACAUUUACAGUAUUUUCAUGAUAAAAUAUUUUUAUUCUACUCUCAACAUUCUCAGCAUUCAAUUAGCAAGAUUCAUAAUGGCUCAGAACCCGUCUUAUAAAACGCUCUUAUAAGCCACAGCUGUUUUUGAGGUUGAAAUGAAAGGAACGGCCUUCGGAGCACACUCUUGUGAGUCCGGUGUGUCUGCACACAGAGGGAAUAUUCAGCAUCUGUAACUUCAUAAUGCUGCACAUGAAUACUUGGGUCUUUAGUGUAAUUGGUUUUUACAUUUACAAAGGAUAAAACGUACUUUAAGAAGAGAUUCCUCCCUUAAUGUCACACAGAGUUCAACACAGCAUUGUGUUUGUGUGUUAUGGAAGUCGUCUCUAUGUAUCGUAGGUGCUGCAGUUACCUUCCAGCUUGCCAGCGUGAAAAGAAAAAAAAAUGCCUUUUUUUGCACGUAAUCUGUUGCAGUCUGGCCGAAUCUCUGCAAAGGGUUUUUUGUCCCAGAAUGUCCUUGAGCAGGAAGCCUGCAACCUUGUGUGAUUUAAGAGGCUCCUAUUCAGGCUUUCAGAAAAUAAGAGAAUGUCUUUCAAGGCAAAAUAGACAACUAAAAACGAUUGUAGAAUGUUGUAGAUCUAGUUGCAGAGCAAUUUGAAGCCAAGAUAAGAUUGUUUUUGUUGAUAAUCAAUUGUUUCCCCUUUUGCUAUUGUACGUGUAUAACCGAACCGGCACCUGUAUGUAAACACAAAAGAACUGGAAUUCAGUUUAAUUCAUCGUCCCCCUACAUUUUUAACUAUGUAUAUGCAAAUAUGUUCUAUUUCCCAAACUGUUUACAAGUGCUCUUUUCUUCUUAUUACUAGAUAUUUAUUAUAUGCCGUGAGCUCUACUGAAAAGCUGUCAUUUAACAACACAUCCAGCAGAUGGCGGCAUGUUAACAUUCUCGGACCAAGUUCUGUCAUUUAUCAUCCUGACUUCGAUUUCUGUAUUCUCUGUAGUCAUCCUAUCAUCAUGUUUAAAGCACUCACCCCCACACACACACACACAAAAAAUAAUGAAUUAAACUUCUUAUCUACAAAAGAAA